AUGCAAUGCAGCUUGCUUCCAGCGUUUCCUGCAACCGACGCUGAGCCUUCAGACGACGCUGUCGACGCCGUUAAUGCUGGUGGUAUUAAGAAGCUGAAGAAGACGCCGGCAAAGCGUCGAGCGCUCAGUUGCCUGCCAUGUCGUAGGCACAAGCUGAAGUGCAACCGCCAUGUCCCGUGCCACUCAUGUAUCCGCUACCGGAGAGAAGAGCAAUGUCGUCUCAAUCCGCCGCCAUCCUCUGUCAUGAGAGGCGGUGUCCCUCUACAUUCACAAAGCCAUAUUCCGCAAGACCAUACAUCCGUAACCGCGCAUGCGCCCGCGCCGCCCGCGCCUGUACCUGCAUCCCUCCCUUUCCAACCGCUCCCUCCCCAAGUAACAGCCGCCGCACCCUUGCAAAGCAAACCACAACCACCGUACAUGCUUAACUCUCGCGAAACAGACCGCACAGAAACCAUCUUAUCGAGAAGCGCCCGGAAUGCUUUAUUGGAGACUCCGCUGGCUCAGAGCUUAGCCAGCCUGCCGCAAAAUAUACUUGGAGUCUCAACGCUCCCUCCCUUUAUACCACUCCUGCUGGCUGAACAAUCUCAACGGCCUGUGGAUGAAAAUGAAGUCACUACCUUUUGGCGCGCACAGCUGGUCUCUAUGCUUCCAUUGCGGCACCAAUGCGACCUGAUGGUCAAUUACUAUAUCCACGAGUUAAACUACGUUUAUCACUCUGUACACGCUCCAUCAUUUCGGGAAGACUACGCUGCAUUUUGGAAUAAGGACGUCAAAGACGUCGAUAUAAUCUGGCUAUCUUUCCUAUACGCUAUUCUUUCUGCCAGUGCCGUGUUUAUCCCGUUCCCUGAUGUAAGAGCUGUCGGGCUGGACCCCGAUACAAUACGCAAAAAGGCUCACCUGUGGCAUUGGGCCUCUAGACAGGCACUAAGUGCCGGUCACUAUGAAUCACGGCCUUGUUUAACACAACUAGAAACAUUCCUUGUGACGCAAUUAUACUGGCUUUCUACCAAGAAUAUCGAGGCUAUGAAUUCGUACGUUGUUAACAACACCACUUACCCCAUGUUCCAUUCACUAAUACCAUAUUACUACUAUAGAGCACUCGGCCAGGCAGUUCGGAAUGGACAAGCGCUAAACUUGGAUAGAGAUGUUUCGGGGUAUAGCCCUCUAGAAACAGAAAAGCGACGGCGUAUCUGGUGGGAGCUGUUCUGCUGCGAUACGUAUGUGAAUUCCUACAUAUUAUCUAAUACCCGAAUGAGAACUAACAGUAACAGUUUCCAAUCCAUAUGCAUGAGCCGAACACCGCUGAUUCAUUGUCCCGCCCCGAAAAUUCCGUUACCCGCAAACUGCAAUGAUGAAGAUAUCACCGACUCCUUUACCGAAGGCCGACCGAUUGACGAGCCCACAGAAACCAGCGCUAGCAUUCUCCGAGCGGAAGUAUUCUUGAUCAUGCGCAAACUCUUCGAUAGUGGUUUUGAAUACCUUUCUUCCUACGAGUAUGUGCGAUCAGUAGAUACAGAAUUAGCAAAUCUCGCCCGCAACUUUCCGUGGUACUUCCAGCUCGACGAGAAUGGAGAAUGUGCAAACCUCCCUGAGCACCAAGACUACAUACUGUGGCAAUUUCACUUGCUCCAUAGUUGCAUUUGCAUGCAGCGCAUACGCAUGAACCGCCCCUUCAUCCACACACGCAUAGGCGACUCGUGGGCCGUCUGUGCCAAAGCUGCUAAUGAAGUUCUGGCCGUUUACCAAAGCAUGCGUAACCCAGAUGUGGAGGAGUUUCGCAAAUCGCAUAAGCUAUUCGUGCAGUCAUACCAAAUAUUUUCCGCUGCUGUGGCACUGGCAGGCUUUUUGCUUGUUGAACGUUCCUUUCCGGCAGAUAACAUCCGUCCUCUCAUUGAAAUGGUGAUAUCGGACCUAGAACUAUGCACAGCCGACGCUACGAUUGCUGUAAACGGAAGAAAUACCCUGAUCAAGAUGUUGGAUAUGUAUGACCGUCGCCAGCAGAGGGAGCCUGUUGAACCAGAGUCUCUGGUACCAGAAAUAUCGGUAGUGUUUGGCGGCGAGCAAACCACACGGAAAUACCUGAAACGAUGCGAAAUCGGCUACGUUCUCAAUGAAGAUGGACACGCUACCCCUAGCUCAGCUAAUCCUAGGGCCAGUGUAACUACCCCCAGCGCGAACACAUACGGCACCAACACUCCGACAUCCUACACCUAUAACCCAACCAGUCAAGGUAAUCAACCAACAGCAGAAUUAAGUGAUGUGCCUCAGGCACCUCACUAUGCAGCUCCCAACCCUUCGUUCUCCGAUUUUGAUCCCUCAAGAGUCCAACCAAAAGCCUAUAUUCCACAUCCUACGACAACCAAUUUAAGCCUGGCAAGCACCCACACUGCUCAGCCUCUCACGAACCCCGAUAUUAACCAAGCUCUACCGACCACCAGCAUCAACCCUAACGGAGAUCUGGAACUACUCAAUUGCUUCUAUAGCAACCCAAUCCCUCUCGACAUGAGCUUUGAUGGACCCUGGGACUUCUUACUCACUGAUUUACCAUACCAAACCUGA